AUGUCUUUUUCCAAAAUGAAGAAGUGCUUCCGGUUUAUCUUGAUCCAGCCAAUACUUCAGCCAAGUACCUAUACUCCUUUAGUUCAUGGUAUGAAUAUCAGAUCCAUUGAGGCGUCUGUUUCAGGGACCGCAGAUAUCCCAGAAAGUGUUGAAUGGGAGAAAGCAACAAACAUAAGACAACAGCUUGCUGACGGAAAAUUUCGCAAUAUACACUAUUUGACUGAUCAACAAUGUCAGUAUGUUGACACAUUUUGGGAAGGAUAUUUUGCCAGACUCGAAGAUGAUACAAAAGAUCAAGAGGCUGUUAUGGAUUCGACAAUGGAACAGGUAAGGUUAUUUUUGACAGAACAUCCACCAAAGAGACCAGAAAUGGGAAAGACAGAAGGCCAAGCAGAGAGUAUCAAUGAUGAUAGUGUUGAGAUCCAACGGAGUAGGCUGAAAGAAAAGGCUUUGUUUUUAAAGGAACAACAAGCUUACAUAGCUAAACAUUAUUUAAAGUGUCCUGAAGAUUUUGUAAUAGCAACAAAUGAGUUACUUUUAACAGGAAAGCAUAAGUGGGAAGAUAUGAUCAAAGAUAUGAUAGGUAGAAUCAACUCUGCAGAAAGCCCCCUUCCAUAUUUGCAAAUCUUAAGAGGAAUCGCUUUCACACAAGAUAUAACACCCAAAGUGCGCCAAGCCAUUGAAGCCUAUGUGAUAAAGAUGAGAGGCACAGCACCUUUUCCAUUUGGAAUUCAAAGAUGGUUUUUAAAAUUGGAAAACACAGUCUAA